GGAAGAAGUUGAACCUAACCUGGCUUCGGGCAUUACUAGAGGAAAAUCAUGAAGAAGGCAAUGCAGAAGGAAUCCUUCGCUUGAAGCUGAUUUCUAUGGAACUGUAUGCCUUUGCUGAUCAAUAUGACGCUUUACAUUGUACGAGAGGCUGUGAAGUUAUGGAGGAAGAUUGCAAUGGAGACUUGUGUAGAACUACAAAUUUUUAUGGAGAAAUGGAAGCUUCUGCUUGCGGGGCUCUUUUUUCAGUAUGUUCAUGGGGUUGCUGCUCACGGGAUUCAUUAUUUACAUCGACCCGGACCUAUUCUACAUGAUCUUGGUUUCAGUCUCCUUCCGGAGAUAGGGCCAGAUAAAGCCUAUGUCAGCGAAAUCUUUUUCUCUGUCAUCUUUUUCUCCUUUAUAUUGUGGACAUUCUAUCCUUUCAUUUAUCAUAGCAAACGCUUCUACACAGUUCUGCUAUGGCGUAGAGUGUUGGCAAUUUUAGUUACUUGCCAGGCUUUGAGGAUCAUCACAUUCUACUCUACACAUCUUCCAGGUCCAAACUAUCACUGCCGCAAGGGUUCAAAGUAUGCCACACUCGCUCCUCCUGAAAGAAUAUUGGAUCUAUUUCUCAUUAAUGUCCGUGGAGUCUUUUAUGGUUGUGGCGAUUUGAUUUUUUCAUCUCAUAUGAUAUUUACACUGGUUUUUGUUCUCACAUACUAUAAAUAUGGUUCUAAAAGGUUUAUUAAAAUGCUUGCAUGGUUGAUGGCAGUCAUACAAAGUCUUCUUAUAAUAGCUUCACGGAAGCAUUACAGUGUUGAUGUUGUGGUUGCAUGGUAUACUACAAACUUGGUGGUAUAUUUUAUUGAUACAAAAUUGACAGAGAUGCCUGACCGUUCUAAUGGAAACCAGCCAUUGCUCCCAUUAGUCGCUAAAGAGAAAGAAAGCAAAUCGGACGAGACCCACAAGCUAUUGAAUGAACUAUAGGAACCAGGCGAAUGGGAAGCAUCUAGAAGACCGGAACUGUGUACAUUCUGAAACAACAAAGAAUGGCAGGCAGAUAGGUGAUGCCACACAGUUGUAAGGCUGAUGAUUCGUAAUUCAAUGGGAACCUCCAUGCCGAGCAUUUGAACUAAGAGAAA